CAAAGUCAACUUUAACAUUAAAGAAAAUGAAUUCUCUUUUCCUUCGCUCGAUUCUUUCGUUCAUACUGUUGAUCGUUAAAGGUACAGGAAGUUCGGUAAAAAUCAGUCAAGGCCGUGAGUCAACGAUCCACAUAGACCUCGAUGCUAUUGAACACAAUUAUCAGCAGUUGCUGAAAAAACUACCCCCGAACCAUCCAGUCAUGGCUGUGGUAAAAGCUAAUGCCUAUGGUGUUGGGGCUGUUGCUGUCGCGAAAACUGUACUAGAGCUUGGAGCGAAAUAUUUAGCAGUUGCUUUCGUUGACGAGGGAGUACAUCUACGAAAGCAUGGAAUCGAUGCACCCAUUCUGGUUCUUGGAUACACUGCAGCUGGUGAUGAAGGGAUUGAGCUGGCGAUUCGUUACAGUUUAACGAUUACGGUGUUCACGAAAGAGGUGCUUGAUGCCAUUCAACUCAAGGCAUGGCACAGUCAAUGUCGUGUUAAAAUUCACAUUAAAGUCAACACUGGGAUGAAUAGAAUCGGCUUGGAACCGGAUCAGCUUGUGCCCUUUGUGCAGACCAUUAAAAAUGGAUUUUACACUGCAGUUGAAUUGGAAGGCGUUUUCAGUCACUUUGCAUCUCUCGAUUAUCCAUUUUUGUCAGAACCAGACAAGCAAUAUGCCAGAAAUCAGUUGAAAAUAUUCAAAAGGGUCGUAAAUCUAGCCCGUAAGGUGAUGCGAAUUCCCAUAGCUCACAUAGCCUCUUCCAAUUCCAUCGAGUUCUUUGGUAAAGAAGGUUUUCUGGACAUGGUGAGACCAGGCUCUUCCAUUAAUGGGUUCAUGCCGUUCGCUAGACCAGCCCUAUCGCUAACGUCAAUUGUUUCAGCGAUUCGCAAGCCAGCGAAAGGUCAACAACUCGGUUAUGAAGAAAACGUUACAGCUACUGGAGAUGACUGGAUUGCAGGUGUACUAUUGGGAUUCGCAGAUGGAUUAAGCCGAGACUGUAGUAACGGUCGAAGAGAGGUACUGAUUAAAGGAGUACGAGUGCCGAUUGUGACACGGAUUAUGAUGGAUCAGAUGCUUGUGAAUGUGACAAUAGUGUAUCCGGUAGCAGUCGAGGAGAAAGUGGUCAUCAUUGGUCGUCAAGGUCAGGAAGAGAUUACAGCCGAGGAUAUAGCAAAAAUGUGUGGUGGUAGCGCCACUUCAGUAACGUCGCAGUUGAGUACAAGAAUUCCGAGAGUUUACUAUCAGAAUGGGCGAAUGGUUUACUACGAAAACAAUUUGUUGAUGUACUGAUAACAGCUGAUACCACCAGCAAUAAAAGUUUCUUUUGGAUCAAUUUGCUCUUCCUCUUUGCUACACGAAUCGAAGCCGCUUGUAACUGACGAUUCCUAGGAGGAAUUGAUAUCGAACACAACAUGUACUGACAACAAGUUGUUUGAGGAACAAGUGUUGGUGUUUACAGUUACACAGCUUGAGAAUUUGAGAAUAAAUUUUCUUUUGGCAGAAUGAGUUA